UUUCUGUUAAUAAAUUUAUGGAAUCCCCUAAAAAAUCAAGUAUUAAAUCAAUAAUCGCUUCCAUAUCUUCACCACAAUCUACUGUUUCUUUCCAAGAGUCUUCUAUCUUUAAUUACAUAAACAGUCUAUCUCCUAUAAAGCCUGUCAAGGGGACGUCUGUUUUACAAGUUUUACCUGGGCUUACGUCUCCUCCCCUCGUGUUCACAUCACCUCGUAUCAAUACGCAUCGACAAUCUACUGAUUUGAAAAGCUCCCAAUGUCGUUUAUCAUCAGACUCAGAGUUAUUCCAACAAGAUGAUACAGUCAAUAUCAUGAUCAAUUCCAAUCUCACAGCCUUGCAAGAUUCAAGUGUGGACAUUUUAAAAGAUGCUCAAUUUAAUGCGAAUGAUUCAAUGCACCCAGAGGGAUCUGUAGAAAGCAGCAUGUUGGCAGAACAGGACCAUGGUGUGAGUUUACGUUCCUGCCCCAAGCCUGUUGUAGAGGAUGAAAAAACCCGGGGUUUCCUGCAAUCUAAUAUUUGCCACAAUCUUGAGUCAAAUGUAUCUGGGGAUCAUAUUCCUGUUCAACAAUAUGACCAGCAAGUCUCUCAGGUUGGUCAAAGUCAGCUCAGCAAGCGAAGACGCCUUCAAUUUGGGGAAGCUCAUGAGGAAGUUAUAGAAAAUUGCCCUAGUUCCCUAGCUCCAUUAACUCCUGCCGCCAACUCAGGCAGUCCAGAGUCUUCUUUGGUUCAAGGUGUUAGGAAUUCUAGUCUACCUGUUUGCAAGCCCUCAGGUAUAGGCUUGCACUUGAAUAGCAUUGUUAACCCCAAGCCUUUGAUCUAUUCGGUUCAUGGAGGAAAAAAGUCGAUAUCUGUUAAUUCUCAAGAUAGCACGCAAUGCCUGUCAGUUUCAUCAGAUAGAAAGUUAGUAGAGAAUGUUUCUGUCAGAAGUGAGGAAUGUAAUGAAACUCUUUUCAGUGAUGCAAAAUCUACGAAGAUGAGUGAAUAUCAAAACUAUAUUGAUCAGGGAAGCUUGAAUUCUGAACAAGCUGAAAGAGUUGAUGAGUUAGAAAGAUCAAGACCUAAAAAGAAACGAAAGAAGUCAGAGAACACAGGUGAUGGUUGCAAACGGUGCAGUUGUAAGAAGACCAAGUGUUUGAAACUCUAUUGUGACUGCUUUGCUGCUGGAAUCUAUUGUGCCGGCCCUUGUUCUUGCCAAGGGUGCUUUAACAGACCUGAAUUUGAACAAACAGUUCUCGAGACACGUCAACAAAUAGAAUCACGAAAUCCGCUUGCAUUUGCGCCCAAGAUUGUUCAUCACCUCUCACAGCCUUUAAUUAGUCAAACAGUGGAGCAUGGAGAUCAAGUGACACCGCUGGCAAAGCACAAAAGGGGUUGCAACUGCAAGAAAUCAAUGUGCUUGAAAAAGUACUGUGAGUGUUAUCAGGCUAAUGUUGGAUGCUCUGCUGGAUGUCGGUGUGAAGGCUGUCAAAAUAUUUAUGGUGCAAAAGCAGUUAGCGGCAUACAUAGAGUAAUGGUAAUGGAAGCCAAUAGUGAGAAAUUAAACGGGUCAUCUGAUGAUAAGCUCAAGGUGGUUUCCCUCACGUCAAGAUCAUCUCUUCCCAAAAUCCACAAACCUCACAAUUUGACUCCUCAGACACCAUCUAUUCAAUGUUCAAACAAUGGAAAGGAUGCAUCAAGUACUCGUGUUCUCCCCAAAAGAUAUGUUCCAUCCCCAGAAUCUGAAUGCACGUUUUACCCUCCUUGUACGACCACCCCUACAUCCCCUAAAGAUUCUUCUGACUUUAACAUGAUCACAGAAGCAAGCAACAGGAACCUUGAGACGGUUUCAUUUGAUCAAGAAUCAUACCCGAACAUUGAAUUUACAGAUGAAUUCUCACCUGGAGAUUGGUCAAACACUUCAAAAUCUCAAUUUUUACUUCCUAGCUGUGUGAGCCUCUCUUCCCUUUGUUCCCGUGGUUCCUCAAUUACCCCGGUGCCUCUGCAGGCCAUUGAUGAUGACACACCAAAGAUAUUAAGAGACUCUUUUGUUCAACCCAAUAAGGUGAUAGCAACAUCACCAAAUAAGAAAAGAGUUUCUCCACCUAGACUUCGGUUGAAUGAGCUUGGUUUGAGCUCUUUGAAAAGUGGUAGGAAGUUCAUACUGAAGGCGAUUCCAUCUUUCCCGCCUCUCACUCCAUGCAUUGGUUCCAAAGACAAUACUGGACAGACUUCAAAUCUUCCUCCUGGAGAUGGCACCCAUUAAACCGAUGGCAUUUUAAGGUUAACUUUAACAAGAUGGUUUCUGGGCACAAAAAGCAGCAGUUGUACCUUUGUUAUAUGUGAGCGCAUUCUUUAUAGCAGUGAACACAACCCUGCUUGCUUUGAACUUGAUUCAUGCUGAUGUCUGUAACGCUACAGAACUGCAACUACACAAAAAGAAGUAUUCCCUAGUGAGUCAUCUUCACCCCUUCUCCAUCCCCAUCAUGACUAUGCCUUUUUCCUUUUAUGUUGGUUGAAGCAAGACGGUUCUGUUGGUUUUUUUACAUUGCAAGUAUCCGACGUGAAUAAACUUACAUUCUUAGUUAAUUUGAAUCGAAACGUUCUCAAUUUGUUCUCAUUUUUGGUUCUUUAAUCUUUAUUAGACAUUCAUAUCCUGUCUGUGAGUUUACAUCGAGGAAUUUUGAGUACUGAUUGUCCUUUUUAGCCUUUGAAAUUACUUGUUUAAUGGGGAAUUUAACAA